AUGGCUCCUCCCACCCCACUCACGGCAUCCCCGGAGCUCCUCGGUCUAUUGAGUCACCUCCAUUCAGCGUCCCUAGACCAAGAGUCAAAGCUGGAUUGGAAUCAGAUCCGCGGCGAAUCCGACAAAACCUUCGAUGCCAUAAUGCGCGACAAGUAUAUCGCCCUAGACCAGGACAAAUGCGAACUGAUUUACCACUUGCUGCGCGGCACCGGUGCAACUCGUAUCGUAGAAGCUGGGACCAGUUUCGGCGUCAGCACGAUAUAUCUUGCCCUCGCCGCGGCCCAGAAUGCUACCGGCUCGACCAAAGGCCUGGUUGUCGCGACGGAGAAAGAAGAGACCAAAGCCGCAGCGGCACGGUCGAACUGGGCCCAGGCAGGAGAGGAGAUCUCUGGGGUUAUUGAGCUGCGGGUGGGAGACUUGCGGGAGACGCUGGCGUCAGGCUUGGGUGAGGUGGAUUUCCUAUUACUCGAUAGUAAGUUGUGGACGCGAUCAUCUUGUGAUCGUAGCCUCCGAGACCUCAUAAACACGAGCAGCUUCGCGUAUAGAGGCAAUAUUUUUGUUCCGAAUAGCUUCAACGGCGAGAGCGAGUUUACCCUCUAA